AUGGAUUCAGAUGGAAGAGAGGAGGAUGAUGAUGGAUUCAGAUGGAAGAUAGAUGGAUGGGAUUGGAUUCAGAUGAAAGAUAGAUGGAUGAGAUUAGAUUCAGAUGAAGAUAGAUGGAUGGGAUUGAAUUCAGAUGGAAGGGAGAGGGAUGAUAAUGGAUUCAGAUGGAAGAUGGAUGAGAUUGGAUUCAGAUGGAAGAUGGAUGGGAUUGGAUUCAGAUGA